AAAAUAGCAAAUUGUAAGGUCAGUUUAAGGUGUAUUUUUUUUAAUUAAUCAAGUAUUAGAUCUCACACGCAAGAAUACUUUUCCAAUCAGUGUUAGUUGCACGGUUUUCCCUAGAAAAAAGGGUAUUUAGGUGACACUGUUUUGUUAUUAGAUAGUCCAGUGUCCAUGGGAAUUUUAUCAUUUUCUUCUGAUUAGCAAACAAGUGACACAGGUACAUUAAUUAGUCAGAGAGUUACAGCCUCAUUAUUACAGGUACGUACACUAGCGACAGGUACAUUAAUAAGUCAGAGAGUUAGUCCAGUUACCUACUCAUUAUUACAGAUCUUACUAAACAAUUACAUCAGUGAAUGACUGUACACAGAUUUGGGGAAGUUCCGAUGGAUAAUGGACAAAGUAGACAGCGCAUGAGGCCAUGGCUAGAGGCGAAGGUACAGGCAGGAAAUAUCCCCGGUCUGUCGUGGAUAGACCAGGAGAAAAAGAUCUUUAAAGUUCCCUGGAAACAUGGAGGCAAGCACGACUGGAGCGAAGGAGACUCCACGAUAUUUAAGGAGUGGGCGUUACAUACAGGACGCUACAGAGAGGGUGUGGAUCAGGCGGACUGGCCCACGUGGAAGACCCGCUUCCGCUGUGCCCUCAAUAAACUUCCGGACAUUCAGGAAAUGAAAGAAUACAAUCAGCUGGAUGGCAGUGAACCAUUCCGCGCCUACAAAUUUCUCAGCAAAGAAGAACUGAACCAGAAGAAAUUGGGCAAUAAUGAAUACCGUGAGGUCUGCACUUUGACGCCGACUUCGAACACACAGAACCCAGCUCUACCUGACAUAGUUCCAGUGGAGGUCAAGGCCGCACCCCAGUCCCAGUUACCCAAUUUUCCCUCCGACCUGGAAGAUCUGGAAUUAGAUCCAAUAAAAUCUGAUCCAAAUCUUCUAGCAAAUACUCAGUUAAAUCACAUAAUUACACCAGCUAAUGACAUCAAAGAGGAGCCUGGUGACCAUGGUGAUGUAGAAAUGACGGAACUAUAUGCUGAAUUGUCUCUGACAACUCGUGGGCCCCAGCAGCACCUCAGUCCCCUCCAGGUUCCCCGGCGACAAGAACCCCAAGACCACGAAAUGGAAAUAUUGCUUCGUUAUUGCCAACAACAAGUUCAGAUCUUCCAUGUCCGAAGUCCACACGGAUGCCGUCUUUUCUACGACCCGGAGAGGAAUGACCAGAUGCUACUGGAACCACUAAAACAGGAACUUUUUGGACCCGAUCAGUUUGAACAACUGGAGUUCCCUCAGUGUGAGACAACCAACCCUGGUCAAGAAGAACACACUUAUAAACUUCUGACGGCAUUAGACAGGGGGAUGCUUCUGGAAUGCCACAAUGGCAAUAUCUAUGCCACUCGAAAAUCAAGAUGUGUAAUAUUCAUCUCAACACCUGCUAUCAACAAUGGAGAACCGUUUAAACUAGAGAGAAAUGUGAAGGUUCAGGUGUACGAUUCCCACGGAUACUUCGAACCCAUGUUACAGCGCUAUCUAAGCGGGGCGUCCAAAAAACCACUGUCCCAUUUCGUGAUUGGUUUUGGUCAGAGAAUUAUGUCCAACAACGCAGAUCACAGUGGUCUUUUAAUCUCUGCUCAGGUGAAUCACAGUCGCUCCCAACAUCGCCUAAACCAGGUAUCAUGUGCAAGCCCACUUUCGUCAUCCAUCAACAUUUCACAGUCGGACGAUUUUGACAAACUUUUAAAACUUGUCAAGGACGAGAGCAAUGCGCAGGUGAUGGAGAUAUCGAAUGGUCUUUCGGCGUGACGUCAUUAAAUUUAUGCUCACAAGGGUUGUUUUCAUUGGUUGUUUGCUGUUAAGUAAGACUUUUUCCUUUACAAAUUGUUGAUAACGGAUAUAAAUAUUGAGAAUGAAAACCCUGUCAUCCUGCUGUAGAGCGGACUAAACUUGAUCGGUAGAAUUUGAUACAAGUCCAGAGAGGUGAAGUUAAGGAACCGGUAUCCACUUAUGAAACGUGUGAUUUAAUUGAUUUGUACAAUGGAUUUUAAUUUUAAUUCGUAGAUGAUUUUAUGUACCUAAUGUAUUGUAGAUACUUCAAAGUAAUAAAACACGAGGCACGAUUGAAACUGUUUGCUCUGAUUUGAUUUUAAAUGAUUUUUCAUUGAUUUGUCCGAUAUAUUGAUUUUGUGACACAACCGAGGAGUUGUGAUUGUCAGGAGUAUAUGUAACCAUGCAACAGUGUUGUUUCUGGUUCCACACGCUCAUGCUAACUAAUGUUAUUUACAAUAUCUUAACAUUUACCACCAUUUUAUUUUAGUUACUAGAUAAAAAUAUUUCAUGA